CGAGAAGUCGACUCGAACACACGCACUUACGUAUCUUGUAAAUUAUUAUUUUCAUAUAUUUCUGAAACUCGGCUAUCUGUGUUAAUAAGCAACAAGCAGGUUGUGUUUUGUUUUAUUAUAUAGCAAACAGGAGUUCAUUGCAUUUACUGCUAUUCGCUGUCGUGUCUUGUCUAGUUAUAAAAUAAAAUACAAUAAAUUUUCGAAAUGUUACGGCAACCCAAUUAUAUUUAUGGGCCAAAUACGACCUUAGUACCGGCGACGAUUAAUUUUGGUGAAUACAUGUUGCAACAACUAUGGAAACAUAAGGAUAAUACCGCUUUGAUAAAUGCAGCCACAGAAGAAAGGAUAACCUAUUCAGAAAUACUGCAACAAUCAAUGAAUUUCGCUAUCUCCCUCACCCGUAUGGGUAUUAGAAAGGGAGACACGAUUGGUCUGAUCUCUGAGAAUAGAUUCGAAUACUGGGGAGUGGUUAUAGGGGCUGCUUGCGCAGGCGCUGUAGUGUCUCCUAUAAGCGUAGGAUAUGUUAAGGGCGAACUCCAACACGUAACGAACAUAUCAAAACCAAAAUACAUAGUCUGUUCGCCAUCACUGUACAAAACACACGCUCAAACUAUAUCUUCAAUGAAAUUCGUCAAAAAAGUAAUCUUGUUCGGUGAAGAAAAACAAAAUGGGACCCUUUCAUACAACGAUAUGGUUUUGGAAAGCAAUGGUUGUAUAAAAAAUGUGAAAUAUGAAGAGUUUAGAUGUGCAGAAGUUGCCGGUCAGAGUGAUACGUUAGUCGUUAUGUAUUCAUCUGGGACCACCGGACUGCCUAAAGGAGUGAUGAUUACACAUUUGAAUAUACUGACUUUGAUGUGUUCACGCGGUUUCGCUGACCCAUCAAAAGCCUUAAUUUCCAUUGCUCCUUGGUACCAUGCCAUGGGAUUUGCGGGCUGUUUAAACGGAUUGUCAAACGGAGUAUGCUUCGUCUGCAUUCCCAAGUUCGACAUCGAUCUGUAUCUGCGAACUAUUGAAAAGUAUAAGGUAGCUCAACUAACAGUGGUUCCGCCGAUCCUAGUGGCUCUCUGCAAGGACCAGACCAAGAAGUAUGACCUCAGCUCAGUGCUGUUCAUCCUAUCAGGAGCUGCACCCCUACGGAAGGAUAUCAUUGCUGCUGCACAUGUGAAAUUCCCCAACCUGGUGAUGGUGAUGCAAGGCUACGGAGCGACGGAGCUGACGCUGGGAGUCCUGGGUUUCUUCCCAGACAGCUUUAGAGUGGACAAGAUCGGCAGUGUCGGUGUCGUUGUACCUAAUGUUGUGUUAAAGGUAGUAGAUCUAGAAACAGGUAAAGCCUUAGGACCUAACCAGAGUGGAGAACUACGUGUAAAGGGGGAAUUGCUGAUGAAAGGCUACGUCGGCAGGGAGCGAGGUGAUGAACUGGAUCCCGAGGGUUUCUACCGGACUGGAGACAUUGCUUACUAUGAUGACGAUGGCUACUUCUAUAUUGUGGAUCGGCAGAAGGAGCUUAUCAAGUAUAAGGGGUAUCAGGUACCACCAGCAGAGUUAGAAGGAGUCCUGCUGCAGCAUGAAGGCAUCAGGGACGCGGCAGUCAUAGGCGUCGAAGACAAGGCUGCAGGGGAGCUGCCUCUGGCGUUCGUGGUGCGGCAGCCAGGGUCCAAUGUCACGGAGAAGGAGGUCAAGGACUUCGUGGCUGAGAGGUUAUCGAACCCCAAACACUUGCGAGGUGGAGUCCGUUUUGUAGAAGAAAUACCGAAGACACCCAGUGGGAAGAUUUUGAGAGCGAAAUUAAGGAAGAUGUUCAAAUCUAACUCUAAGAGUAAAUUAUAAAGAAAUGUUUGUAUUUAAGUGUAGAAGAGCCAUGCUUUGACCGGAGUGAUACCACGGCCUCACCGAAAACCGACGUGAAACAACGCUUGCGUUGUGUUUCGUUGGGUGGGUGAGGUUCCCGGAGGCCCAAUUCCCUCCUUCUCAAUUCCUGAUUCCCCAACAACCCUUAAAUUCUUAACCCCCAAAAGGCCGGCAACGCACUUGUAAUGCCACUAGUGUUUCAAGCGUCUAUGGGCGACGGCGAUUGCUUACCAUCAGGUGAUACGUCUGCUCGGAGUGUUCCAUUAAAAAAAUGAUCGCAUGGCGUUAUAAUAUUAAGUUUCUAGAGACUCGUUUUGCGUCAGUUUUGUUAGCAAUUUAAUAGUUAUAAGCUAUUAGAUACCUACAAAGAAUUGUCGACAAAAAAAUCGUAAUAAUAGUUUGUUCGACCCCGGCAUUGAACCUGAAACUUCGUGAUCGAUUCCACUAACGAGUUCAAUGACUUUUGAGUUUCUAUUAUGUCGAUACACCUUUGCCUGCCUUUUAAUAAAACAUAGGGAUAGCUAUUGUUAGAGUGUUUUAACACCAGAGAUGUGCUAUGUAGCUAUACUGCUCAAUAUAUCUAUGAAAAUAUAGUGUAUGCUCAUAAAAACAUAAAAUUAUUUAAAAAGUACAGUGAUAUACACAAUAUCAACACUAGAAAUAAAAAUAAAUAUGUUGUUCCUACUACUAGAGUUAAGAAAAUAAGCGGUUCGUUUAGAUGUCAAUGUAUACGCUUUUACAAUAAAGUUCCCAGCCAUAUUCAAAGUUUAAACCUAAGUAAAUUUAAAAAUGUUAUUAAAGAAAAACUUUGUAGUAAAGCUUUUUAUAAAAUAAAAGACUACUUGGAGGAUAGUCAGGCUUGGGAAUGAACUGCUAUAAUGUCCACACAGGUCUUGCUGACAUGUUUGUAACAUAUAGUUACAUUUUUUAUACAAUUUGACAUUAACAUAAUUUGACAUUGUUUUAUAUAUUUUUUUUCCUUUUAUAUUUUUAUAUUUCCUUUUUAAAAUUGUUAGUUUGAGGACCGUGUGAGACUUUUGCUAGUCAUUUUAUUUUUAGUAAAUUAUAUUCUGACAGUUUGAGCAUUUGUGUGGCCUACCCAAAUGUUCUUUUGGUUGGUGUUGUUCGUCGGAUCAUUCAGCAACAGCCGUCAGCUGAGCUGAUUGUAAACUGACACAUGCGUGCUGCCAUCUGAACAGGUCCGCUCAAACUGCUGUGGUUCUUUCCUCAAAAGACCACUACAGAAUCAACUUGCACGGUUCUCCGACAUCUUUAAUUGAUUUUGUCUGGACUUUAAAAGAGACUAUGACCUCUGAGUUUGUUUCGGCAUUUCUUCUCAGAGUAGUCGGAUAGGAAAUGCCGGCCUCAUCUAGUUAUUUAAGAGAUUGACGUGUAAAAGUGUUAUUUUAUAACCUAUUUGCAAAAUAAAUAUCAUUUAUCAUUUAUCAUUUACUGCGAGGAUAUAAUAGUUAAGCUGUGAAACUUUGUGACUGUUUCCACUGAUACUAAGCUAUGUAGCUGUGCGAGUAGAUGUGCUAUAGAGAUGCGCCGCCGCAAAGUAGCUGUGCGAGGAAGAUGCGCUGCUCGAUUAUGCGAUGUAUCGAUAUUUAGCACACAUCGAUAUCUCGUAUCCAUUGCUCGAAUCUUUCCAUAUAAAAAAACAUAUCUUAGUAGAGUCCGUCCCCACCAAUACAAAGCUAUAUGUACCAAUGAAUAUGAUUGGUGGAAGCGAAACGCAACGUAGCAUAGCACAUCUCUGCUGGAAAAGUCCCCUUAAUCUUUGAUACUCAGUCAAAAUCAACGCAUAGAAUGUAAGUUUUAUUUUAAUAUCUAAUUGUAAUUAUUAUGUAAAUAAAACCAAAAGUGUACAAUACUUAUA